GUGAAAACACCGACGGGGCUUGCAGAGCUGUGGAUGCGCCGAGCCGCCCAUGACUCCUGCCCAAUCCCCUCCGCAGCCGCUCGCUGGAGCCCCUUUGGCGUGAGCAGCGGCGCGGAGUGAGGCUGCGCUGAAAUGCCGAAUGGCUGAGCCGCUCGCUCUGCUCAUUCCGGUGGGAGCCGCAGACAGACACAUUCAGGGACGGAGCAACAGGGAGACCCCUCCCUGGCAAGAGAGCGGCCCCCUGCACGCAGCGCCAUGGUGUCAUGGAUCAUCUCCAGGCUAGUUGUGAUUAUAUUUGGCACUCUUUACCCUGCGUAUUAUUCUUACAAAGCUGUAAAAUCAAAGGAUAUUAAAGAAUAUGUCAAAUGGAUGAUGUACUGGAUCAUAUUUGCACUCUUCACAACAGCCGAGACUUUCACAGAUCUCUUUCUUUGCUGGUUUCCAUUCUAUUAUGAACUGAAAAUAGCUUUUGUAGCUUGGUUGUUGUCUCCAUACACAAAAGGCUCCAGCCUCCUGUAUAGAAAAUUUGUACACCCAACACUGUCUUCAAAAGAAAAGGAAAUUGAUGACUGCCUCGUCCAAGCCAAGGAUCGGAGCUACGAUGCCCUGGUGCACUUUGGGAAGCGAGGACUGAAUGUGGCAGCAACGGCAGCUGUGAUGGCGGCUUCCAAGGGUCAAGGGGCCCUGUCUGAGAGACUCAGAAGCUUUAGCAUGCAGGAUCUCUCAACCAUUCGAGGAGACAGCAGCAGUCCUGUACCUCCUCCAGUCACUGUACGAACAAGCAGCAAACAGAGCAAGCCCAAAACAUCCAGAAGUGCAUCAGAAAGCACGGGCAGCUCAGUUUGCUCAUGUUGUUCGGUGUGCCGAAUCCUCAGAGUGGUUGAGGUAGACAUGGAUGAUGCGUGUGAAAAGCCUCGUGAGGCAAACUGUGAAACAAAAGACUUAGUGUUCUCAGAUGAUGAAGAGCAUGAUUUAUUGGAUCACAUGGUCAAGAACAGAAGGCUCAAAAAGAAGGAACAAGCUCUUGAGGCACCGCCUAGGCCCCUUAGACCUCGCUUCAGGAAGAAAAGUACCUCGACCUCUACCACUGAAACCAUGUGAGUGCGAUGAGCCAAUAGCACCAAGAUCCACAGAAUGUCUCUCUUCUGCCUUAAAGAGCUACUUGCUAAUUAUGUAGAAAAACAGCAGUGAGAUGGAUGCGAUUUGAUGUGCAGCACUGCAGACAUGGCCUUUCUCUCUUCCCUUGUUACAUGUUACUUGCAUUUCCCCAUAACAUGGUUAGAACACUCACAGGUGGUAACAGUGUCAGAGUCCCCCUGUUUCACUUGCAGAAUAUACAACCACUCAAGCUAACCCUGUCAGACUGUACAUUUGCAAUUAUUAGUUGCGUCUGCAUAGUUUUAGCUUGUGAAUGCAAGCAAAAAAAAUACUCAAUAGCUCUCAAUGAUACUUUGACUAAUGUAGCUAUUUAUGGCUUUAUCCUUAACAAAGUGGACUUGCAGGAGCCAUAGAUUUUUCUCCCUACCCUUUCUCCAUUUUAUAACAAGACUGUGACUGACGUGAGAUAUUUUGAAUUCUUUUGACUGUACAGAAUGUCUGAGACUUAUUAGCAAAAGUUAAGCUGCAACUCCAUUUCUUUUUCUGCAAGUAAAUUAUGUGAACUCCAGUCACUGUGCUGAAAAUAUAGAGAAAACAACUUAGAGAUGAUGAGAGAGAUGUACAGGAGAAUGAACUGAUUUCACAAAAUAAAGUAGGGGAGUCUUAAUUUUGAUACUCCUGAGCCAGAAGACGAGUAAGUGAUAUAUUUUGUAGAAAAUGAAAGAAUUAAUCUUAUAACUUUUGACCAACAUUUUACUGGCAGUUCUACAAUAUAUGCAAGCCAUGUUUGCAAUAACUGCUACAGUGUUAACCAGAAUCACAUUAGCCGUUUGAUUUCAUAGGACAAAAUUCACCUUCCACAUCUGCAUGUAGGAGCUCACUUAAGGUGUUUUGCUUUACUGGAGCGGAUGUGGGAAUUGCACUGCCAUAGCCAGAGAAGAGCAUUGGAAUUGAGCUCUUCCAUGUGGGUUCGAGAGAAUUUUGUCAGUAUGCGGAUUCUGGUUUAAACCAUGAGACUUUGUAGUUUGGCUGGUGCAUUGGUAUCCAUAUAUAAAUGCUAAAUACAAAAGAAGAGGAAGAAGUUGUAGGAUAAGUGUAUUUGUGCUUAAAGUUGGUGUCUCCUGUAAAUGUAAAAGCAUGUGAAAUUCAUAAAUGAGUUAAUUAUGUGGCCCUUUGUGUUUGCUCUUGGCCCUAUCCCAUAGACUAGAAAAACUUUUAGAAACAUGACAUAUGAUUGCCAUUGAUAACUGAUCAAUAAACAGACUUGUUUAUGAAUAAUAUUGUUAACCUAGUUCAGGUACAGAAGUGGCCCAGCAUGCCAAUAACUGGUUAGAGUGCACCAGGCUCAGAGAUAAGCAUAUCCGACGUGGCCUUUGUUAAAUAUUAUCCGCUGGAUAGGCUUCUAAAUCUCAGCCUUCUUGCUAACUCAUCUUGAGGUAAUUCUGAAGCUUCCUUAAAUGGUUUGAGAAGUAAAAAUUACUGCUGUCCCCUCCCCACACUGAUUUGUAUCAGUUUGGCUAGUAAGAGGAAAGGGCAAACAGACAUUUCUUGUGAUUGCCACAAUAUUUGGACCUGUUAUUGGAAAAUCUGAUUUCCCUUAUAAGCACUGAGUAGAUUGUGUUUUGUGAAGACUAUAUGCUUAAUAAAAAUGCGUUCUAGAUGGCAGUUGAAAAAUAUUCCGUCAUUAGAACACACUCAGCAAAAGCUCUGAAUAGCUAAGCUUAUGUAUUUAAGUUAAGCAGCUCUAGUCAAUUUGAUUUUUCAACAAUUUUUUUUUUAAAUAGGAACUUUGCUUGAAGUGUGAGUUGUUGCAGCAAGCUUCAUUUUCAGUGCUACGCAAUAGGGUGCCAUAAGACAAAACAAAAGCUGACACGUUUGCACUCAAAUUAUGCCAAAAAUAAAAAUACAUAGCUGCAUAACGUUUGAUGAAUUCUACUCUCAUACACACUGUAUUAACAUUCAUCCUCACUAAAGUUAUUAAAUGUCUGAUCUGCUGUUUUACUGUAAACUUGACUGUUUCGAUUUUCUUAAAUGCUGAGGUGAAACUGUUGACAAGGGAGUUGCCUUCUCUCUCGAAGACAUUCACUGAAAACAAUCUUUUCAUAUCGCUGGCAAAAAUGUAUCAUCACCUGAGCUGUGUAUUUGUGUAUAGACUGACAAGAAAUGUGAAUGCCUAAACAUGUACACUUAGUGGUAUAGUGUUCUGUACACAGGCUAGAACAAUCACUUGCUUUGAAUUCAGUGUAUUACAGACACAGGUUGUUUACAAAUGCUUCCUCUAAAGGUCUGUCAUUUUAACAUUCAGAUACAUGUUGAUUUGGGAUCGACAUCAGCUGUAUGUUCUGUGGCCCUGACUCUUCUCUCAGGCACUGUCUCCCCUUGGAAAUAACUGCAGUUCAACAAUUGGCAUUGCUACACAUGGGCUGACCCCUAGCAGUAGACAAAGGCAAACCUGAGUUUGUGUCAGUUGAACUAAUCAGAAUAGCACAUGCUAUCUGGCCCUUUAGUCAGAGGAGGGGUUGGGGCCCCAUUCCCCUUAAUCAGUUGCCACCCAGCUGAAGCAGUAAGAUCAAGGAGCGGGUAGCUUGAAGAUAACCUGGGUCUCAUCAAUAACAAGAGCCCAGGUUGAGGGCAAGGCCCCCUCCAGCAACAGUUUCCAGUUCUGGGGAAAGAACCUAGUGUAUAUGACUCUCAGGUGGUUUUAAGUCCAUAUGGAGUAGUUAGCCCCCUGCAAAAGACCCCAGCUCAGGCAAUGAUAUGUUGAAUGUGUUAUUUUGAAGAAAUAAAACUAAAGGCUUGAAGAGAAGGGGACAGAAAUCCCGUGGCUGGAGAAUAUUCUUUGGUGCCUGGACCAGUGAAAUCAGCCUGCAGGUUUACACAGGAUUUACCUUAAUUAUGAAUGGGGUAAACUUUGAGCAACUCACUGCAAACCCUUACACAUCCUUGUCUAAAUGUAACUAAUCUGCACCAGUGCAGCUACAAGGAUUGUUGAAGCAGGGCUAUUUUCAACUACAGCCAAGGCUCCACUUACCCUAGUGUAAAUUGGGAGUAACUACCCAGAAGCCAAGAGAAUUAUACAAGAGUAAACCUGGUAUAAGGAAGAGGAGAACCAGGCCUUCUGUUUCUAACAACAAGGGGAGAAAUUACCUUGUGAUUAAAAAAUAAGAAGGAAAGCCUUACUAGAGAGAUGUGAUGCUCUCUGGCAUCAUGUAAACAGCCUGCUGUCUUUGACUGUGCUCUGUGAAAUAACCAUGUUCUCAUGUAGUAAUGAUAUCUGUAUAUUUGUGACAGAAUGCUUGUUAAUCAGUCUUCUUUUGCUGUUUGUUUUGGGUACCCGUUUUGCACCUAGCAUGUAUUUGAAAUUGUAAAGAACACUAUGCGUACUUUUGAGACUCACACUUAUACAAACAUAUUUAAGGAUCAUAACUGUGCACUUAAGAGGUUUCUUUCUCAUGAUCAGUAGAUAGGAUAGUACACUUAAAGCCUCAUAAGGAUGGACAUUACAACAGUAUUCCAAAGGUUGGAGUUUUGCUGGUUUUGUUAUGCUUGAUAUACAUCUUGAAUAAAGUCUUAAUCUUUUCUUUAAAAAAAAAAAAAAGAAAAACAAAGACGAAAGCAUCUUCAGUCUGUUCAAUGUAUCUGGCAGGCCAGAAUA